CAGCCUCUUUUUUCUCUUUACAAAAAAGAGGCUGGCUAAAGACUCCAAAUAACCAUAUCAAACACUGUUUUCAGAGUUCAGACUUCUUCCAAGCGCCAUAAUCCAAAGAAAUAACAAACAUGUGUAUGUAAGCUGUGUAUCCAAAGUAAAUCUUUAGAGUAGGAGUUUCAUAAAAGUUGGAAGAAUUAUUUUUAUUUUUGUGCUUUUUUCAUUUACUUUUUUUAUCCUCUUUUUCUCUUGUGAGUCUGAACAUCUGCUGGAUUUGGCUGGAAUCUUAAACAUGCUCUGCGUCCUCCGUUUCUGGGGAAAACAAUUGAGCUUAUAAAUAGGCGUGUAAUCAGAGCUCUCUUUCUCUCUCUGUAUCACUCUGUGCACACACAGACAUGCAAACACAUGCACACACUCACACACACUGGCCAGCAGGCAUGUGGGGAGAGGCAGAACUACCAAGCAGGAAGAAAGGAGCGACUUGGUGUGAUGGAGCAACAGGACAAAGCUCAGACUGGAGACAUGUACAAGUUUAUGUGUGAGAAAUCCAGGAGCAGAUCUCUGAAGACGAUGUUUGUUUUUUAGAGAAAAAGAAGACGGAAAGCAAGAAAGUAGGAAAAAAGCAACCUAAGCAUAAUUUCAGGAGGAGGAUGAAACCACUUUCAUACUUUAAGUUACUGAGUGGACAGCAAAGCAAAGAGAAUGCAUGAGGAGAAGGACGUGCUGAAUGCCGAUGCAAGACAGAUCUGAGCUUACACCGCCUCCCUGUCCAGCAACAGAAAGUUAAUGGUUGGAACUGCCCGUCCCAACCUACAUUACUGCCCUUGCAGACACAGCCUGAUGAUCACCGGCGCCAUGGGAGCGGUGCGGGUCAACAGAUACAGCAUCGUUUCCACUGAUGAAGAUGCCCUGAAGAUCUCCACCUUGGGCCUCCACAAUGGCCACAGUCCUCUGACUCAGCAGACCUUAUCAGCGGCCUGCAUGCGAGGUGAGGAAGGAGGUGGCGGAGGGGAGUGUCUGACAAGUGAGGAAGGACCCGGGGCUUUGGCUCUGAGGAUAACAAAGCCCAUCGCCCACAACAGCUGCCGUGCUUCGCCGUUGUGUGAUCUGGAGCUGGAUCUGGUCAGCAGUCAGACGCGCAGCCGCUUUGUGAAGAAGAACGGCCAGUGCAAUGUAGUUUUCAACAACAUGGAGGGUAAACCUCAACGAUACUUGGCUGAUAUUUUCACCACCUGUGUGGACAUACGCUGGCGCUACUUGCUGCUCAUCUUCACCACUACCUUCCUUCUGUCUUGGCUCCUCUUUGGCUUAAUAUUCUGGGGUGUAGCAUUAGCUCAUGGGGACUUUGACCUGCACAUCCCUGUGCAGGAUGAGGAUCCUCCAAGGACGACAGAUAAGGCAAAAGACGAGUGGCGGCCGUGCAUUCUCCACAUCCAGGGUUUCAUAGGGGCAUUCCUCUUCUCCAUAGAGACCCAGACCACUAUUGGGUAUGGUUUCCGGUGUGUCACAGAGGAAUGUCCCAUCACUGUUCUGACGGUGGUGGUCCAGUCUAUUGUGGGCUGCAUCAUUGAUUCCUUCAUGAUUGGAACCAUAAUGGCAAAGAUGGUGCGGCCCAAAAAGAGGGCACAGACCUUACUGUUCUCGCAUCAUGCCGUCAUCGCUCUACGGGACGGAAAGCUGUGUCUCAUGUGGCGCCUGGGGAACAUGCGCAAGAGCCACAUCGUGGAGGCCCAUGUGCGUGCUCAGCUCAUCAGGCCGUAUGUGACAGCGGAGGGCGAGUACCUCCCUAUAGAACAAACAGACAUUGACGUUGGCUACGAUGACGGCCUGGAUAGACUUUUCCUUGUGUCGCCGCUGGUGGUUGUGCACGAGAUCAACAAGAACAGUCCCCUGUACAACCUGAGUCGCAGUGACCUUCAGAAGGAAGACUUUGAGAUUGUGGUCAUCCUAGAAGGGAUGGUGGAAGCAACAGCAAUGACCACACAGGCUCGUAGCUCCUACUUAGCCAGAGAGAUCCUUUGGGGUCACCGCUUUGAUCCUGUCGUGUUUGAAAAGGGUGACAGAUACCAUGUGGACUACUCCCGCUUCCAUAAGACCUACGAAGUGCCAUCGACGCCUCAGUGCAGUGCCAGGGAACUGAGCCAGAUGAAGGAUCGAAGUGGGCAGUCCUCAACCUCCAGUUCCAGCUACUCUCGCUCCCCGUCUCUGUUUGUCCCAAGACUGGCCCGACACCUGCAAGGCUCCCACUCCCCCAGCGCAUUCUGCUACGAAAACGAGGUGGCGUUGUGCUGUGGAGACAACGCAGAUGACGAGAAUGCAAAGAAGGACACAGAGGGACUAACCCUGAGAAGCAGCAGGGACGUGACGAUCAGAGACGAUGCUCACUUAGAUUUUAAAGGGACGUUUGUGAAGGAGCAAGCUGUAGAGAUGUUGUGUGUUUUAGACACAGAGAAUCAGAUCAGCCUGGACAGAAUACAGCCCACCUUACCUUUAUACAUCAGCAGAGAGUCAGGAGUUUGAUCAGCAGUGAUGACUCUACUUCCACCUUUUUUCCUCUUUGUGCAUCAACUCAAAGUAAUAAAGGGUUAAGUAAAGAUAAUUUUCUGAGCCAUAACACGUUUGUCAUGUGCUAUGGCUCGUGUAACACGUGUGACAUAAACAUCUCCGAAGGUAGCAUCAGCAUGUGUAAAACACAUUUUUCUCCUCCUGAACAUGUUAUUCUCUUAAUUUACAAAAGAAAAUUGACGUAUUUGAAUAUGGUAUGGCUUGCAUGUGAUCUACAACAAGUCGUCACUGCGGAAUGCUGAAGGUUUUUUGUAAAUAAUGUUUUAAACUUUUAAAUUAAUACCACAUAAUAUACAGAUAAACUUUAAGUGAUAAAUUCUGAUCAAUAUGAAUAAAUAAUGCAAUCUUCAAA